CUCUCUCUCUCUCUCCACUUAAACACCACAAAAUCUAAUCUCUCUCCAAACACUUUGUACUAUUUAUCAACUCUCAAGUUUCAUUCAUACUUAUUUUUUUAGUUCAAUGGGGAGCUCUAUUGGCACCUCUUUUUCUUUGUCUAGUCUUAUGUGUUAUGAACAAACAGAAUCAACUCUCUUUGAAGAAGAUGAAGAUGAUAACACUCUCUUCAUUAACUCACUUGAUCAUAAUUAUGAUAACCCUUUUUUCCUUUUGGAAGAUGAAGAUGAAUACAUUGAGUAUUUGUUCAAACAAGAAACAGGAUUUGGUUCCAUCACUCAUUUUUUGUCCUAUGAUGAUGAUCAUGAUGAUGAUUCAAGGAAAAACAUAUUUUGGCUCAGAACUGCUCGUUUGCAUGCUAUUGAUUGGAUUUUCAAUACACAAGCAAAGUUUGGGUUCAGUGUUCAAACAGCUUAUUUAUCAAUCACUUAUUUUGAUCGGUUUCUUUCAAAACGAUCCAUUGAUGAAUCAAAACCUUGGGCUAUUCAAUUAUUAUCAGUGGCAUGUUUAUCAAUUGCAGCAAAAAUGGAAGAACAAAGGGUUCCUCCACUAUCAGAAUAUCCAAUAGAAUAUAGAUUUGAGAACAAAGUUAUUAAGAACAUGGAACUUUUGAUUUUGAGUACAUUGGAAUGGAAAAUGGGAUUACCAACCCCUUUUGCUUAUUUGCAUUAUUUCUUCACUAAGUUCUGUUCUGGAUCCAAAUCACAAACAAUUAUCUCAAAAGCCACACAACACAUUUUGGAAUUGGUCAAAGAUUUUAAUUUGAUGAAUCAACGACCAUCUAUAAUUGCUUCUGCUGCUAUAUUAGCAUCUUUUGAUUCCACAUUAACAAAAAAGGCAAUGGAUCUUCGGAUAAGUUUAGUCUCAACAUGGGGAAAUCUAGAAAGUGGACAAGUAUAUUCAUGUUACAAUAUAAUACAAGAAAACAGGAGAAACAAAGUUAAGAAGACACCUUCAUCGGAUUUAUUAUCAACACAAUCGAAUUCCAUGUGUGUUGUUGAGGACAAAUCAAAUGCUUGUUCAGGAGUUAAGAGAAAGCUAAGUUAUGAGGACAUUGAAGAAUGUCAUGGACAAAAGCUACAUCGACCUUAGUUUGUGAUAUCUAUACAAAAAAAUUAAUUUGAUUGAUGUUUAAUUAAUUACUGAUUGUAUUUUAGGAUUUUUUUUUUGGUAUUGAAAAAUUAUUAUUGUUUGUUAGUUAAUAGGACCUAAUGAGUAUCAUCCACCAUUUUUGUGGAAUGAUUUGGUAUUGAUGAUUGGGGAUUAUAUUUCUUAGUACCCAACAAAAAGAUAUUGCAAGUGACAAAAAAAAAAGGCAGAGUAAAUAAAUAAAUUAAAAAGUUAUUAGCUUUUUCUUUAGCCAUUAGUACUAAGUAACAAUUUGGUGAAUGAAAGUUCACAAGGAUUGUGGUGGUGAAGUGAAAGAUGUUACAUUACAUGAGUGAAAGCAAGAAAGCUAUGUGGAAGUGGAACACUAUUUAUUAUUACUAGUGAUAGUGUUUGCAACAUUUCUAUGCUUUUACAACUGUACUACUUUUUAUUUUAUUUUUUUAUUUCACUUAAUUAUUAUUUAAUUAUUA